AUGUCGUAUGAACAAAUUCUACGAACACCUAAUAAUCUGCUUCAAUUUAAGAUUCCUUCUGGAUUCCAAGUGUCUGUAGCAUCGAAAAAUACAGAGAACAGCUACAGCUCGGCUACACUCCGGCAACUCAAUCGGUUGAACGGCUCGGUUUCAUACUUUUACUCCUCAAAUGACAUGAAAAAUGCAUAUAAAGGGACAGGAACGCUUCCAUUGUGGUCUGUAAUCGACGAUUAUAGAUUUAUUAGGUCACCUAAACAGGAAAGGGUUCUUCAACGGCGGAAGAAGGCGGAGAAAAAAGAUCUUGGAGACAGAAAUCCAUAUUUGUUAUACGGCAAGAUGUAUUUCCCAUCCCAAUUUUUAGAAGGGAUGAUAGUGAAAAGAUUGUCGGAUUCAACACAGAUGACACUUCGAUUUAUCAACACUCCAAAGUUCCGCAAACUCACGAAGAAUUGUUCAAUUCUGACACUUUAUCUUCAGCGGCAGAAUGACCAUAAUGCCACCGACUUCAUUUAUUCGUCCACAGAGUCUCUAUUAGGACUUAGAUGCCUCUAUAAGCUUGGAUCAGACUUUUCGCUGUCCUCAUCACCCGGAUACACGGAUUCUACAUCGCUUUCGGCGGGAUUCGAACUAUGGUUUGCUCUUUUAUCGAUGUCACCUGGUCUUUCUACUGCCGUUCGUUAUUCCACACACAUUUCCUCAUCUGGGAAACCACUCACCAUGACUCUUGCAUUAAACCCGUUGUUGGGUACUAUCGAGUCUACAUACUCCAUAAAGCCGGGGCUCAAUUCAACAUUCUGCUCUAAGUACACGUUCAAUAUUUACUCAUACGAAUCCGACUUUCUUCUUGGAUUUAGUCUUUUCCGUUGCAAUGGCUACAAUCCACCGUCUCCACAGUUACAAUUAACCAAUAAGACUAUUGCAGAUUCCCCUGACAAAGUCUCCUUUCAGGCUGGGGAAACACACACUGAGAAUUUGCAACCAAACAGAUCAAAUACUAUUCAAAGAGAUGAUACUAAAAAGGUUGGAGGGAGAUCUGACAAGUAUCCAUUCAAUGUGAUGGAUGAAGACCAACAUCACCAGCUAUUGACCACUUUUAUGGGUAUAACACCUGGCAAAUUACUUACGGAGAACAAUGCUCGUCACUUUUUGGACACUUUCAACAGGUCUCAAUUCAGCUCGGCUUUUAAAUGUGCUGCUAGUGUUGCAAGAAAAGACGUAAAAUUUGCCUGGGAGGGUCGAUUUAAGGAUCUCCUUUUGAGCUCGGGUGUGCAUAUUGACUGCAAUGAUUCCAUACCGAGAGUGGAUAAAUGCGGUUUGGAAAUACAGUAUUCGAGCUAA